AUGUUUUUCUUUCCAUACAUCAUUAAGAUCGUAGCCUUAAUCUCUCCGUACUUCAUUGUCACCGUGUUUCUUUUGUUAAUUAUCACGACAACGACCUCAUUGUGUCCUAAGUUGCCACAAUUCGAACUUGGGAUCCUUCAGAGUGUCAUUCAAGAACUCAAGUUAAACGACCUAGACGGUUUUGACAUAGACAAUGUUGAUAUGUGUAACUUCGAGGAUUUUGAGAUUUAUCAAAUCGUGUUCGACGAUACAUUUUUGAUCAUGGUUUAUAAUCAAAGUGAUGAAGAUGUGAAGAUACUUGAAGUUGAUGUUGAAGAAGUUCAUGUUGAUGAAGAAAAGCCCAUCUCAAUUGUCAAGACAUACCCAAUGGAUAUUGGUUCAACAUUUAAUGAUGAUUCAUUUAUGGAUAAAUCAUGUUUUGAUCAGGACAAUGUAGUUGUAAAGGUUAGUGAUAAAUAUGUUAUUAAGGUUGAAGAAGAACAAGGUUUGGAGAAAUUGUUUGAAGAAUUGGAUAAAUUUGAAGAUUGUACAAUGGAAAGUGAAAAAACUAGUGGAGACUUGGAAGAAGAAAAGUUAUCUAUGGUGAAAAAAGUAGAAGGGGAGUAUAUGGUGAAAAAUUUAAUUGAGAAUGAUAAAAUGAGUCAAAAUUCAGGUAGGUCAAGCUCGUGGAGAUCGAAUUCUUCAAGUGUAUUAAGUAGUCAUGGGUCGAUGAGGGAAGAAAAGGAAUGGAGGAAGACGUUAGCUUGUAAGUUGUUUGAGGAACGACAUAAUUCACUAGGAGGUGAAGAAGGCAUGGAUUCGUUGUGGGAGUCUUAUGAGAAUUGUAAUUCAAAUAAACGAAACGAAACAAUGAUCACGAACAACAAAAGCAAGGAGAUGGUAAAGAAGAAUAGCAACAUUGGUGGGAGAAAGUUGAAUUUGGGAAUGAAGAAACCUAAUCUUAUGAAGAUUUCAAAGGCUCUCAAAGGCUUUGGAUGGUUGCAUCGUGUGAAGAACAAACAUGUACAUAGAGAUCUUAUGCUUAUGCAUAAUUUUCUAUAA